GGUAGGAGACAUAAAGGACAUACUUGCUGCCCACAGAGGGAAACUUCUGCAUGUGUUCUCUUCCAGAAUCUGUGAGACAUUUCUGCAAUGGUUUGCUCAGCUCUCAGAAGAGUUGUCCGGGUCUACAUCUGCCUGGCAAGGAAGGCCAGACAUGCCUAUAGAAGUUAUCAGCAUCAUGCCUGGGGCUCCAGUCCACCUACAGCAGAGUUUGCUGCCCAAGGGGCAUCUGGCAGUGUGGUGGAACUGCUGGGCAAAUCCUACCUUCAGGACAACUACAGCAACCUCUCCCGGAAGGUCCUCUCCAGAGUGGGCAGGAACCUGCACAACCAGCAGUACCACCCUCUGUGGCUGAUAAAGGAGAGGGUGAAGGAACACUUCUACAGGCAGUACGUGGGCCGCUCCAGAACACCACUAUUCUCUGUUUAUGACAGCCUUUCCCCAGUGGUUACCACCUGGCAGAACUUUGAUAGCUUGCUUAUCCCGGCUGACCACCCCAGCAGGAAGAAGGGGGACAACUAUUACUUGAAUCAAACUCACAUGCUCAGAGCACACACAUCAGCUCAUCAGUGGGACUUAUUGCAUGCAGGACUGAAUGCUUUCUUGGUGGUUGGCGAUGUGUACCGUCGAGACCAGAUUGAUUCUCAGCAUUACCCAGUUUUCCACCAGCUAGAGGGUGUUCGGCUCUUCUCCAAGCAUGAGUUAUUUGCUGGUAUAAAGGAUGGAGAAAGUCUGCAGCUCUUUGAACAAAGUUCUCGUUCUGGCCAUAAACAAGAGACACACACCAUGGAGGCUACAAAGCUUAUAGAGUUUGACCUUAAGCAAACCCUUACCAGGCUUGUGACACAUCUUUUGGGAGAUGGGCUGGAGAUAAGAUGGGUGGACUGCUAUUUCCCUUUUACUCAUCCUUCCUUCGAGAUGGAGAUCAACUUCCAUGGAGAAUGGCUAGAAGUUCUUGGCUGUGGCGUGAUGGAACAGCAAUUAGUCAAUUCAGCUGGUGCUCAAGAUCGAAUUGGCUGGGCAUUUGGCCUAGGCUUAGAAAGAUUGGCCAUGAUUCUCUAUGACAUCCCUGACAUCCGGCUCUUCUGGAGUGAGGAUGAGCGCUUCCUCAAGCAGUUCUAUGUGUCAGAUAUCAAUCAGGAGGUGAAGUUUCAGCCUCUUAGCAAAUAUCCUGCUGUGACAAAUGACAUUUCAUUCUGGUUGCCCUCUGAGAAUUACGCAGAGAACGAUUUCUAUGAUUUAGUCCGAACAAUCGGAGGAGACCUGGUGGAAAAGGUUGAUCUUAUAGACACGUUUGAACAUCCAAAAACACUCAGGACCAGCCACUGCUACCGAAUCACCUACCGCCACAUGGAGAGAACACUGUCCCAGAGAGAGGUCAGCCACGUGCACCAGGCUGUGCAGAAGGCUGCAGUGCAGCUGCUGGCUGUGGAGGGCCGCUUCUGACAUCACUACGCCACCCAGGCGGUGGCUCCCGCAGCUGCUGAAAGCAGAAAAGACAUGGUUUGGAACUAGAACAUCAGUUAUCCCUUUUGAUAAAUGUGUAGGUUUUAGGACUUCCAGGAAUAAAGGAUCACUCUUGAUAA